CUGAAUCAUGUCUGUCUCUCAUCCACUUCCUAUUUCAGAGAAGCCAGCCCUCAGUAUAUCUGAUGGACCGUUGGUAUUUGCUGCAAUGAUGUUUCUUCCUUCUGAUUUACGUAAUCAUCAUGACAAAGGUUGAAAAGCAUGACAUACCAAAGAAAGCGUUCAUUCACUGAGAAGUCUACCUUUUUUCCCUGAGUGCCAGGAUGGAAUGUCUCAAGCUUACCUGGCCUGCCAAGGAGAGCCAGCUGAGGGAGCUGCUCACAUGCCCGGUGUGCCAGGAUAUCUUCGAAGAUCCGCACCAGCUGCCCUGCGGACAUAGCCUCUGCAUGCAGUGCUUGGAUGGCAUGCUUCGGCAUCGGCUCCUAACUCAGCCCUUCACCUGUCCCACCUGUAGGGCGAGCUUUGGACCUCUAAUUGGCGUGCACAAGAGCUACACUUUACACAGCAUCGUGGAGGACUUCAAUGCUCAGCAGAAGAAAAAACGAGACCAAAGAGAACAGUCCACUCAGACUGAUCCUGUUGCUGAAACAGCCCAUCAUGCCAACUAUAACAGCAUCCUAUUUCUACUGCUGGCUAUCAUAUUUAUAUGUAUUAGCAAAGCCUUCAUGUGCUCUGUGGAGAAUCACACUCUUACUGAAACAGUACAGAGACAACGCACUUUACUUCUAAAGUACCACCCAGAGAUGACUGAUCUCACCCUGAACAAAGACUCGGCCAGCCCCUAUCUGGAGGUGUCGGAGGACCUCUUGUCCGUCUGGCGGGUCAAGGACAAAAAGGACUACCCCAAACACCCUGCCCGCUUCACUCAUGCGCCCCAGGUACUGUCCACUGAGUGUGUGUCUGGCGGGAGCCAUUACUGGGAGCUGGAGGCCCAGGGCUACUGGGACAUUGCUGUGGCUUAUGAGAGCAUCAACAGGGCUAUGAAGUUGAGCUCCUUUGGACACAACGCAAAGUCGUGGAGUCUGACGCACGACAGCAAAGGGCGGCUAUUCGCCUUCCACAAGGGCGUGAAGGAGAAGAUCCAAGAAUCCCUGACGCACAACAGAGUUGGGGUGGUCGUUGAUUUCGAGAAAGGUGCUGUCACGUUCCACGAGGUGGGCCACAUGUGGAACCACCUGCACACGUUUAAUACCACUCUCACUGGGCCGGUGUGCCUCGGACUGGGCCUGUACCGAGAUGACACCCAGAUCUCUGUCAAAAAGACCCUCUCUUAGGACCCCUGUGCAGUUUGUUUUUGAAAUGGACGGAGGAGCAGUUGUACUCUGUUAAAUUACCUCACAAAAAACCCUACAAUUUUUCACAGAGGUAUAAGUUGUGUAAGGUGCACCAAAGGAGGUUCUGUCUCAUGUAUGUGUGAAAGGGAAAUGGCUAUUUGCAAGCUAUGAACAGUGUGUUUGCGUGGUCUCUGGGCAAUGUUUGCACAUCAGACAAUCAGCUGAGUUUGUGUUUGUUUAAAAAGGCAAUUAUUCUGUUCUGAUCAUUCAUUCAAAGGAACUGGCAGUACAGAGUACAUACAGUUUGUUUGUUAAGAAUCUCAGGUAUAAGAUGAUCUCAGUACAGCUGUUAAAUGCAGAUAAAAGAUGUUGUACGUAAAUAGGCUACUAUGUUUCAAAUCACAGCCAUAUAAUUGUAAUAAUAAUGUACAUAAUGUAUCAUAAGGGUGGUUAUGAUGAUUGUAUUGAUUCUACCUGUGCACUUAUCGCAGGUGAUCUCAUCAAUUAGCUGCUCUGGCUGAAGAAUUGUGCUAAUUAGAAUCAGCUGGUUUAAGUGAAUGGUUGGCACAGAUUAUGUGGUAGGACUUUUACUCUCUCUCUCUGCUUGGCUACCUUGUGAAAGCACUUACUGUUACAAAUUUUUAUUAGGGGGUGUGUUCCCUGGACACUCCAAGUUAAUGUUAAUUUAUUUGUUUAACCAACUAUGAAAAUAUGUUACAUAAUUAAUUAUUCUGAUGUAUGCCAUUAAAGUAUAUGGAAUGAC